AAGGGGAAAACCAUUUCUCAGAACACAAAACAUUCGUAAUUCGUAAUGGCUAUCGCUUUCCCUUCUUCCAUUGCCAUUCCCACUUUCCCAUCAUCAGACCCCAAACUUCCGCAAAUUGGGCCGGUUAGGAUUUCAGAUAGGCCCAAUGGAGCAUCUGUUAAUUUAUUAUCCCAAAGAAGGAGCUCGGUAAAGCCCGUUUACGCAGAACCUCAACGAAAGGAUUCCCAUGUUCCCCUCGCAGCAAGCGUCGUUGCUUCUGAGCUUACUGAGGCGGAAGAGGAAGAUUUUGAACGGAUAGCAAUUGAUCUUGAGAAUGCUUCGCCUCUUGAAAUAAUGGACAGAGCUCUCGAGAAAUUCGGCAACGACAUAGCGAUUGCCUUCAGUGGUGCAGAAGACGUUGCUUUGAUUGAGUACGCACGCUUGACGGGUCGACCGUUUAGGGUUUUCAGUUUGGACACUGGGAGACUGAACGCUGAAACGUAUCGAUUUUUUUAUGCGGUUGAGAAGCACUAUGGAAUUCGCAUAGAGUACAUGUUCCCUGAUGCUGUUGAGGUUCAGGCAUUGGUGAGGAGCAAGGGGUUGUUCUCGUUCUAUGAGGAUGGGCAUCAAGAAUGUUGCAGGGUGAGGAAGGUGAGACCCUUGAGGAGGGCACUUAAGGGUCUCAGAGCAUGGAUAACUGGGCAGAGAAAGGAUCAGUCACCGGGUACUAGAUCAGAAAUACCGGUUGUUCAGGUUGAUCCGGUUUUUGAGGGAAUGGAGGGCGGAAUUGGUAGCCUGGUGAAGUGGAACCCUGUUGCCAAUGCGAAAGGACAUGAUAUAUGGAACUUCCUUAGAACCAUGGAUGUGCCUGUGAAUACCUUACAUUCGCAAGGGUAUGUUUCCAUUGGAUGUGAGCCUUGCACGAGGGCUGUUUUGCCUGGACAGCAUGAAAGGGAAGGGAGGUGGUGGUGGGAGGAUGCCAAAGCUAAAGAGUGUGGUCUUCACAAAGGAAAUAUAAAGCAGGAGGAUGCUGCCCAGAUUAAUGGAAAUGGGGUGUCUCAUGCAAAUGGCACUGCCACCGUUGCUGACAUUUUCAACACCCAGAAUGUGGUUAACUUGAGCAGGACUGGGAUUGAAAAUUUGGCAAAAUUGGAGGACAGAAAAGAACCCUGGCUUGUUGUGCUUUAUGCUCCAUGGUGCCCCUACUGCCAGGCUAUGGAGGAUUCUUAUGUUGAUUUGGCAGAGAAGUUAGCGGGGACAAGGGUUAAGGUUGGAAAAUUUAGAGCAGAUGGAGAGCAUAAAGAGUUUGCAAAGAGUGAACUGGAGUUGGAAAGCUUCCCCACAAUAUUGUUUUUCCCUAAGCAUUCGUCUCGCCCAAUAAAGUAUCCCUCGGAAAAGAGAGAUGUUGAUUCAUUGAUGGCAUUUGUGAAUGCCUUACGAUGAGAGUUGUCACUUGUCGGGGAAAAUUUUGUUUUUUGGGUUGCAAUUUAACUGUGAGUAUACGUACAGGUUCCUUCUUUACACUACACGGGUAUACCAUUCAUUCAGAUUCUGGUAACUCAAUUGGAAGUGGGAAUAGAGAAGUUUUGACGUUAGUUUAGCAAAAUAAGAUCCUGAGUUUGGAAUAGUUUAGACCAUCUUACCGUGGUCGUUUGUAGAAGACAUUAUGUAGGGGAGUAAUUGAUUUUCUUCUUUUCUAGAUGAGUGAUUUGUUUAUAAUGAUAUAGGACUGUGCCCUUUUCCAUUUUGAAUAUCGGGAUAUCUUCGAUCAAUCACUGAUGUUAUCUUGUGAAAUUUCAUACUUUGCGAUUUAGUUUGUGUUAAA